AAAGAGGAAAUGAUGGACAACAGAAGCUACUCCAAUCUGCCAGACAAACUGCCUGUCUUCACUGAUUCCACCCACUUGCCACUGACCAGGUCCAUCUAUCUGGACCCCAUGAUCAUGUUCCACCUGUCCCCUGAGGGCCCGGUGCCAUCUCCUUACUCUGAAGACCUGCCAUUGCUGCCUUUUUCCAGUGACUCUCUGAUCAUGGAAGGUUAUGGGGAACCCUGCGCCUUCUCCUUCCCAAUGCCUUAUCCAAAUUACAGAAGGUGUGAAUACUCCUACAGGCCAGCCUUUAUCCAGAAAAGGAAUGAGCGGGAAAGGCAGCGGGUGAAAUGUGUCAAUGAAGGCUACGCCCAGCUCCGACAUCAUCUGCCAGAGCAGUACUUGGAGAAACGACUCAGCAAAGUGGAAACCCUCAGAGCCGCGAUCAAGUACAUUAAUUACCUGCAGUCCCUUCUGUACCCUGAUGAGGCUGAGGCCAAGAAUAACCCCGGGAAAGUUUCCUCCAUAAUGGCAACCACCAGCCGCCACACUGACCCCAUUUUUAGAAUCAUUUGA